AGGCCGAAAAGAACAAACGAGCAGAAGGAGAGGGAAGUUGUUGUGAUUAUUGAAACCAAACAUUCCACGAAUGACGUGUUGGCGCCGAAUGCCGAUAAGAGAGACUACAUUUCGAAACUUGAGAUUGAUCGACGACCUUGAUUUAGACCGCUAUGGUUAUUUGACUUCUUGUUCGAAGCAACGAAUCCGUUGAAACAUGGUGCCACCCAGUGAACGAACUUAUCUGGGGUUAGACCUCAGUACACAACAGCUCAAAGCAGUUGUUGUUAGUGAUGAUCUACAAAUUCUCCAUGAGACGCAGGUGCAGUUCGAUAAUGAUUUACCAGAAUUUAGAACUCACAGUGGAGUUUGCCGAGGAGGUGACAAUAAAACUGUCACAGCACCUACGCUCAUGUGGGUAAAAGCUCUAGAUAUGUUGUUGGACAAAUUACGUGUUUGUGGAGUAGAUUUCAGCAAAGUUGUAGCUUUAUCAGGAACAGCUCAGCAACAUGGAUCUGUGUGGUGGGCUACGGGAGCUGGUAAGGCUUUGAAAAACCUCAGCUCUGAGUCUUUCCUCCAUCAGCAACUUGCAGGAUAUUUCUCUAUUAAUGACUCACCUGUUUGGAUGGACUCAAGUACAACUAAACAAUGCCAGCAGCUAGAGGCAGCUGUUGGAGGGCCAGAACAACUGGCUGCAUUGACCGGCUCAAGAGGAUAUGAGCGGUUUACUGGAUCCCAAAUUGCUAAAAUUGCUCAAAACAAGUCAGUUGCAUACAAUAACACUGAAAGAAUUUCUUUAGUGAGCAGUUUCCUGUGUUCACUUUUUUUGGGAGACUAUGCUCCAAUUGACUGGUCUGAUGGUUCAGGUAUGAACCUAUUUGACAUUCAUAAGAAGGAUUGGUGCGAUACACUUCUAGAAGCCUGUGCACCAAAUUUAAGAACAAAGUUGGGUGAACCUGUUCCCUCCUAUACCAAUCUUGGAUCAAUAUCACCUUACUUUGUGGAGAGGUUUGGCUUUGAGUCAACCUGCCGAGUCAUUGCAUGUACUGGAGACAAUCCGGCAUCCUUGGCAGGUAUGCAGUUGCAACCCGGUGAUAUGGCUGUUAGCUUGGGAACCAGUGACACUAUUUUUCUCUGGCUUGAAGAACCUCAUACUCUUUUAGAAGGCCAUGUACUAUGUAAUCCAGUUGACAAGAAUGCUUUUAUGACUUUGUUGUGCUUUAAAAAUGGGUCUCUUACCCGUGAAAGACUUAGAAACAAUUGUGCAGAUGAGAGUUGGCAGCUAUUUAAUGAACUGUUGGAAAGUACUCCUCGAGGAAACUUUGGAAACAUUGGUUUGUAUUAUGAUGAACAAGAAAUUCUGCCCUUUGUGAUUGGAGAUCAUCGGUUCAACAAGGCUAAUGAAAAAUUAUCCAGAUUCGCUUCCAAAGAGGUUGAAGUACGAGCCUUAGUUGAAGGUCAAUCUAUUGCCAAAAGAGCUCAUGUGGAGGAAGCUGGAUUUAUUUUAAAAUCAACAUCUCGUAUUUUAGUAACUGGAGGUGCUUCAGCGAACAAAUGCCUUUUGCAAGUUCUCUCUGAUGUCUUCAACACUCCUGUUUAUCGCCUGGAAAUUGCCAAUACUGCAAUGCUUGGAGCAGCUUAUCAGGCCAAACAUGGCCUUCUUGGUGGGGAAGCCACAUUUUCCGAAUUGACAGCUUCUCUUCCACCACCAACACUAGUGUGCUCACCUUACAAAGAUGCAUCUCAGAUUUAUGAUCCAAUGGUCACAAGAUAUCGUAAAAUUAUUGAAGAGAUAGUUAAAGAGUAGAUAAGCAUGACUUGCAUAUUUUAUGUUACUUGACACUCCAAUGAUUUUUUUACCAUUCCAUUACCCAAAGCUUCUCUAUUUUUUCUAAUCUCAUUAAUAAACCUUUGGAUAUGUA